AUGUCUUCUGUAAUAAUGUCGCUGGACGACAUUGACCAGACGACGCUGAACGAGAUCGCCGAGGCCUGCAAUGUACCAUCGGAAAACAUCAAAGACGUUUAUGCACCAACAUCUCUGCAGGUCACAUCCAUGGCGGCAACAUCCAAAAACGAUCAGACAAGCGACAGACACAGCAGUGGUCUCCAAUUUGCAGUAGCUUUGGGAGCCUCGGUAGAUCUGGAUUCCUUCUGUGAUGCUCUGCAACGAGUUGUGGCCAAGAAUGAUGUGCUACGCACAAGAAUCGUCGAGUGUCGCUAUGGACUACUGCAGGUGGUACUUCACGAAAGCCACAACACAGUUCGUUACCCCGAGGCCUACAACGACCACGAAUGGGAGGAAAUUCUUCGCGAACAGAGGGCGUACCCGAUGCAAUUGGCUGAUCCGCUCUUUCGAUCCGCUCUAGUUGGUAGAAAGUUGGUGUUGACAAUCCACCAUGCCGUCUUCGAUCGAUGGACUGCAGCAGCAAUGUUGACCGAUAUCAUUGGUAUAAUGCAACAUCGGUCGCCAAAACCUCGUGCCCAGUUCAAGGACUUUGUUUCCUACUGUUCCACCAUCAGCGAGUCCGAUGCGAAAUUGUUCUGGAAGAAGCAGUUCCAGGACCCGGUGAUCGCCUGGCCAUUUGUCGGACCUACACAUACCCCAAAAGCCACCCACCUCGUCGAGAAGAAUUGCACGUUUGGAGCUGGAGCCUCAGCAAUCUCCCCAGCCCUCAUACCCUCCUAUAUCGAGGCGGCGUGGGUGUUGACGGCCCGAUCGUACAGCCGGAUCGACAACGUUCUGUACGGACUCGUGUUCUCGGGACGCCAAGGUGCUGACUGCAAAUAUGCUACGGCUUUUGGACCUACCAUUGCGAACGUUCCAGUACAAGCUACGAUACCAACGACUGUGCGGGAACUCUUAAAGGAGAGGACGCAAGCAAGACGCAAACUUUACACGCACCCGGCUUUGCAUUUUGGUCUAGACAACAUCGCCACAUGCAGUGAGCAGGCCAAGCAAGCAUGCGCAUACCAGACCUUGCUCAAUAUCGGAGCGACCGAUGUCGAUGCCAGGGACUCCGAGAUUAUGAGUUUACAUAGCAUCCAGUCCAACCCACUCUCAUAUGCUCUCGUCAUAGAGAUUGGCAUUGUCGAUCGAGGAAUUUCCAUCAAAGCAUUUUCUGACCCAAAGAUCCUCGAGAGUCGACAGACGGAGCGAAUUGUGCGCCAGAUGGAACACUACAUGCAGCAGCUGAUGCGUGUGGAUGGGCAGACGAAGCUGGAUGAUCUGCCACAGGUGAAUGAGCAUGAUGUCCGCGAAAUUGCAGCAUGGAAUAGCGCCGUCCCAGCCACACCUACACAACAAUGCUUACACGAUCUCUUCGCYACACAAGUCCGCAAGAAUCCAACUGGGCCCGCAGUAGAUGCUCAUGAUGGAAAAGCCACAUACUCAGAGCUGGAUCGGAUGUCAACUGCUCUCGCCUACCACCUUCGAGAUCGGGGCGUGAAACACGAAACGCCUGUUGUUGUGUUGUUUGCAAAGUCGAUUUGGGCUAUGGUUUCUAUCUUGGCGGUACUCAAGGCGGGUGGAAUUUGCGUCCCGGUCGAUCCGGGACAUCCAACUGCCAGGAAGAAAAAGGUGAUGUCUAUGGUCAAGGGAGAUCUUGUCUUGACCUCUGAUGAACUUCGUCAAUCGCUGAAUGAUGAUCUCGGGACGAACGUGCUUGCAAUAACGGCAGAUCUCAUUUCGGAACUUCCAAUUCUGGACUCGAAACUUCCAUCUUGCACACAUACCCAGCCGGCGUACAUUCUUGCAACAAGUGGUUCCACUGGCGAACCGAAAGGGGUGGUCUUGGAGCAUCAGAACCUCGCAUCGUCUCUACCUGCUUUCGGUGAUCGCCUAGGACUUCAAUCCGAACACAGAUUUCUUCAUUUCGCUYCCCUCGUGUGGGAUGUAAGCUUGAUGGAGACGAUAGGCGCCUUGAUCACUGGCUGUUGUGUAUGCAUACCCUCGGAGACCGAUCGAGAGUCCAAUAUCGCCGGGUUCAUCAAUGCCUCCAAAGCCGACGCUGCGAUUCUGACAACGACGGUGAUCAACACCAUUUCUCGCGAGGCUGUCGCGGACAUGAAAAUCCUCUGCUCUGGCGGCGAACCCGUCAAUCCACAAGCAGCAUCGACGUGGGGCACACAGUUGCGUUUUGUCAAUGGAUGGGGACCGACUGAGACCACUGUCUGUAGUAUCGCAGCCGUUUUGACCCCAGAAUCGGAACACCCGACAAGUAUCGGGACKCCCAUUGGGUGUGCGGCCUGGAUUGUCGACCCGGCCGAUUUCCACAAGCUUGUUCCAAUUGGCGCGACUGGGGAAUUGGUGAUCGAAGGGGCCGGGGUCGCAAGAGGCUACAUGCAUGAGGCAGGUCUCACAUCAUCCUCAUUCGUUGUGGACUCCCCACCAUGGUGUCCACGUAGAGAAACGAGAUACCGUUUCUUUCGUACCGGAGACAUGGCAAGGUACAAUGCGAACGGCAGUAUCUGCUUUCUAGGCCGUCUUGACAGCCAAGUCAAGCUACGAGGACAAAGAUUUGAGCUUGCAGAAGUUGAACGUACACUUUGUACCGCGCCGGGUGUCCAAGAUGCUUUUGCCACCAUAGCUGGGCAGGAUUUGGUCGCUGUGAUAACGAUUCCGCGACCUUUGAAAGGUCCGCCUGGCUCAUUGAAUCCGUUAGCUCAGGAAGAAGAACAAAAACCUUUGGCUAAUAUCAUCAGCUUCAUUGAGUCUCAGCUGCCAUCAUAUAUGACUCCCUCGGCGUGGUUCGUUGUGGAUAGACUGCCUCGGAGUGUUUCGCACAAACUGGACCGUAGGCGCAUCACUGAAUGGGUCAAAGAACAAGACAUUACCGCUGCGAAAUUAAAAUCUCGGUCAUGUGAAGAUACCAAAACAGUUCCCACGGCCAAGCAAGAGCUUGCACUACGGUCAAUCUGGUCUACAGUGCUGAAAGUGCCAGAAGAAUCCGUCUACCGCGAGACUUCGUUUGUGAAGCUGGGUGGAGACUCUAUACUGGCAAUGCAAGUCGCCGCACGUUGUCGCCAGAUCGGCGUUCGUCUCACAGUGGCGACACUGCUAAGAUGCAAGUCGCUGGCCGCUGUUGCAGAGCAGUGUCAAAGCUUUGACGACCCCAAAGUAGACAGUCCCAACGAGAAGGAUGGACAUCGCUUAGAAGAGAGUUGCGUAGAGACCGAUUUGGAAGACUGGUCUCGCCACGUUGACUUUCACGCCCAUGGACUCAAAUCGGAAGAAGUCGCUUGCGUUUAUCCUUGCACUGCAAUGCAGGAGGGAAUAGUAAUGCAUGAGAUGCGGGAUCAUGGAAGCAGGAAAUCUUGGAACCGAGCCACGUUACAGUUGACACCACGAUCUGAGGGCGAGCAAAUCGAUGUGGAAAGGCUAACAAAGUCGUGGAAAGCUGUGUGUGCAGCCCAGGACAUACUGCGGACCGCCUUCGUCAGUGGAGUCGAUGGAACCGUAUAUCAGAUUGUCUUGAAACAUGCAGAGCCUGAGAUAUUCCGGACCGAUUUCAACGAGCUUAGGAGUCCAGGAGCACCACAGACGGAGCGCACCGCCGUCCACCACCCUCCGCAUAGCUUGACAAUUACCAGGAAUACCGAAGGCGACAUUCUCAUGACACUACACCUCAGUCAUGCGCUCUAUGAUGAGAUCACCAUUGCAAGACUAUGCCAGCAGCUUUUGAUCGGGUAUGUGGACCUAGAGAACWUUCGGCCAGGAUCCAGCGUCGGUCCGUAUGCUGUGCAAAUGUCUCGUCAACGUGCGAGCGCUUUGCGGUACUGGCAGCGUCGCUUAGCUGAUUCUAAACCAUGUUUGUUAUCCUCGGACAUUCAUUCGAAAUCAAGAGAAGGAGGGAUUCGCAAGCAAACCAGCGUCCCUCUCGGGGAAAGCAGUCGCUUACUCGCAUUUUGCAAGCAGCACGAGGUAACGGCAGCAAACGUCUUACAUGUGGCAUGGGCAGCUGUGCUGCGAAUGUUCACGGUAAUGCCAAAGCCCGUAUUCGGCCUCCUCGUGGAUGCUCGGGACUGGCUUGUCGGAGAUGCUGCAAAAAAUGCCAUGGGGCCUCUGUUAACUAUGAAUAUCUGCGAAGUCGAGUUUCCUCGCACUUCAACGAUCUUGGACGUACUCAUCCAAGCUAGCGAGGAGCUUGCGGCGAGCUUGGAACACACUGCAUUCUCUCUCGGCGAGUUGCACGAUGCUCUGGGGCUAGGAGAGGCGCCGCUUUUCAACACGGCUCUGUCUUUUGUGCGUGCUCUGCCGGAUGACCUAGGAGCUGGAAUGUCCAUCAGAGUCAAGCCUGUAGCAAGCGAAGACAAUCACGAAUAUGUGAUCAUGGUCAAGGCGGUCCACACGGGCGAUAGUCUGGAAGCUCGGCUUGACUACCGCACAUCGGAAAUUCCAACUUGGCAUGCCUCGAACAUAGCAGAGGCUUUCGGCAAAGUGAUUGAAACCAUACUGGACGACCCCGGGAGACCAGCUGCAACCUUGCUCAUGCCGUUCACGGCACCGACAGCCAUUCCGGAGCCCUUCGAACUUCUCUCCAAGUGUGAAAUCGCGGCCAUCAGAUUCAAAGCUGCUUCCCAGUGUCAGCUACCGCGAGCGAUGUUGGAAGACAUAUAUCCAUGCACGCCCAGACAGCCCGCCGUGAUGAACGCUUCCAUGAAAAGCAGAAUAGGUUACUGGAGACAACAUGUCUUUCGCAUCGAGGAUUCACAUGCUGAGAGACUGUGCCAUGCCUUUGACCUCGUCGCCAACGCCCAGCCAGCCCUCAGGAGUCGAAUCGUGUCUCUGGUAGAUUACGGGCAUCAUCAGGUCAUCGUUCGAGCACCACUCGUCUGGAACGAAGAAGAAAACUUGGAUGACUAUCUAGAGUGGGAUGAAGCCACCGAGCUCCGUUAUGGAGAUCCUCUUUGCAGGUUUGGUCGAACCCCAGGUGGGACAGAUACAACAUGCCUGGUGCUAUCUAUUCAUCGAGCAAUAUGCGAUGACGCCUCGUUCGACAUCAUUCUAGAAGACCUGGAAAGUGCAUAUCAGUCCUCUAGCAUUCCGUUGAGGCACUUUCAGAGUCACGUUGUAAACUACACGUGUGAUCCGGCUGGGCUUUCCUCUGCGGCCAGAUUUURGGAGCAGCACCUCGAUCAAUGCAGCCAAGCUACAAUGUUCCAUAUUGAAAAAGUUUGCCCUGGCCUUACCGAUCGACCUACACGUCUUGAGAAGGCAACUCAGACGAUCGAAGUGCCUUCAGCUAGUAGAGACAAAACGACGCUAAAGUCUCAACUACUGGCAGCUUGGGCUCUUAAUCUCUCACGCAUAACUGGAAGCGAAUCUGUGACAUUCGGAACGACGACUGAACCAACUGAAGGCCUUCCACCCGGGCCAGCGAGGAAUAUCCUGGGCUUUAGAACUGAUCCAGUUCUAGUACUUGUGAGGACUGCGGCAGACUCAACGUGCGAAGAUCUGAUUACUGGUACCCAAGAUUCGAUAUUGUCAAUUUUACCGCAUAUACAUCGAGCACAGCAUGACUUUCUAUCACUACCCAUGGGUAGCAUCAUCACUGUGGAUGAUCAGCAACCCAGCCAAUCUUCAAAGUCCCUUGUCGAGUCUUUGUGCAUGGCGCGACCAGAACCACAAAAUCACAACGCAGCGGUGGUGAUCCGGUGCCAGCUUGAGCCUGAUGCAGCAGUACUCCAGAUUCAGAUCAGCUCGUCCAGUCUGUCAUUGGAGCAAUUGGAGCUAAUACUGCAGCAAUACGCUCAUGCUUUCACUCAAAUUGCAUCACCGCAGUCGGGUACUGUCCUUUCUGACCUCGAAUCACUAAGCGAGUAUGAAAGGUCUGUGUUACAAACGACGUGGAAUCGCAAGACCUUGACUGGAGAGAAGGAAUGCGUCCAUUACCGCUUCACAGAGGUUGCUAGGAAGCAGCGUCAUGCAAGUGCAGUCGAAUCUUGGGAUGCGAAGAUGACUUACGGCGAGCUAGACAGCAUGUCGGAUUUGGGCGCCUCGAAGCUGACUGCUAUGGGAGUCGGUCCUGGUGUGGUCGUACCUCUAAUGUUUGAGAAAUCGGCCAUCGCAAUUGUGGUGAUAAUGGCUGUCCUCAAAGCGGGAGGAGCAGUGAUGCCACUUGAUGCCUCUCACCCUCCUAAGCGGCUUGCAGACAUGAUUUGCUCUGUUGAGUGCUCCCUGGUGAUCAGCUCGCCGAAGCACAAGACUCAGGCGUUGGCGGUAUUCUCCAAUGUUUUGUGCCUCAGCUUGCAGGACUGGGAGCAACCUCCUCCAGCACACACAUGCCCGUCAAGUGUGCAUGCGGAUAUCAAUGCAGAAUCGACAUGCUACGUGAUCUCGACCUCGGGAAGCACCGGAACACCAAAGGCCAUUACCAUCAGUCACGCCAAUGUUGCGACCACCGCAUCAGACUUCAUCCCGAAGCUGGGCCUCGGAAACACCACGAGAACGAUACAGGCAACGAAUUUCACCUUCGACGUUGCCAUGGGCGACAUAUUUUUCACGCUGCUUGCCGGUGGGUGCUUAUGUAUGCCUCCUCAGGACAGUUUGUACGAGAACAUGGCGGGUGCAAUUACAGAGGCCGCUGCCAACUUUGCGUUCAUCACACCCAGUAUGGCCCGGUUGCUAAGCCCUGCCGAUGUACUACCUACUCUGCGCACACUUGCUCUUAUAGGCGAAGUCGUCACUCGCGAAGCGGCCGAGACCUGGACUCCCCACCUUCGCUUUCUCAAUACCUACGGUCCAGCGGAAGCGACGAUUUUGACGAGCUGUAACGAUGUUUCUGCGACAGGAAUUGCGCAAUUCCGUAGUGUGGGCUCUCCAGCGUCUAGUCGCUACUGGGUCGUCGACAUCAACAACCACAAUAAUCUCUGCCCGAUUGGUUGCCCAGGCGAGCUGAUUAUCGAAGGACCGACAGUUGCGCGAGGAUACCUCAACGAUGAGAGUCGAUCUGCUGCAGCAUUCGUUGAUGCACCAGCGUGGUCGAAAACAUUCCCUGGCCUGGAAUUUUCGAGCCGGUUUUAUCGUACUGGCGAUAUCGUCACACAAAACCCUGACGGAUCGGUGGUAGUCUUGGGUCGCAACGAUAGCCAGGUGAAGAUUCGAGGCCGACGUAUCGAAUUGGGAGAUAUCGAGUACCAUAUUCGUCACCUCGUAGGUCCGGACUGGAACAUUGCAGUUGAGAUUCUAGGACCUGGUCAAGAGCGUGCCGAGCUAGUGGCUUUCCUUGCGCCAUUCGGUCAGGAACGUAGCGUCAACAGGAUGACGACAGCUGAACCUGAAGGAAUGCUUCUAGAUCCAAUGCAGCAAUUGGCUGUUCGAUUGCAUAAAGGCUUGACUGACGCACUGCCAAGUUACAUGGUUCCUGGCUUGUUUGUUCACAUCAGACAGAUCCCUUCUACAAGUGUAGGCAAGCUGGACCGCCGAAGGCUUCAACAUUUGGCCGCACAGUUGUCUCCUGAGGAAUUACAGGCCUACAGCGUACAAGGCACCAAUGCGGCAAACGGACCCCAGGAUAUGGUCUCGCAAGAAUUCAGUGUGCAAGAGUCAGAGCUACGAAAGCUCUGGUCCAAGGUCCUCAAUCGUCCGGAGUCCUCGGUACCGGCGAGCGGUAGCUUUUUCGCUAUUGGCGGGAACUCCUUGAGGGCGAUGCGACUGGUGGCAGCUGCACGAAAGGCUGGUAUCUCACUGAACCUCGAGACUGUCUUUGAGUUUCCUACGCUUUCCGAUAUGGCCGCUGCAGUUGCUAAUAACCCACAAGCCAUAGCUGCCGUCAGUAUAACAGGAACAAUGUCUAAACAACAGUCAUCUACUCCGCAUCUGUCGUCCAUCCCGGAAUCCCAUCGAGAAAAGGUGGAAACUGUCGCGCUAGCCACAGGAUUCCAAUCACUCAUGUUCAUUGAGGGUGAAGAUGGGAGCUACAGCUUGUCAGAGCCGGCGGAUGAAUUUGUCCUUGAAUUCUCUCCCGCUUUGAGCAUACGUCGACUAGAAAAGGCCCUGGAGUCUGUUAUCGAGCAUCACACGACUCUGCGGACAAUCAUUAUCCACGAGCACUCGACAGCCUACCAGAUCGUACUGAAAGCGGGUGAUUUGAACAAAGUCACUGACUGGGAGCAUAGCAAAAUGCUGCCUAGCUUCCGUCUGGAGCGACGUGAUGAGAUGUGUACUGCUCUGUAUUUGAGCAUUCACCAUGUCUUCUACGACAACAUCUCUCUCAAACUCAUUCUGAAGGACCUCAAUGUCGCUUACCGAAGCCAGCCUCUCUGUGAUGGCCCUCGGUUCGAUGAAUGGGCUCACUACGUAUCGAGCCUUGACAAUACCAACACCGAGCAGUUCUGGCGGGAUUUCUUGUCCGGUUCAACGUCGAUGACAAGUCUGGCGACACCGUCCAUGGAGCCGUCCACCGAGAACAGCAAAGCUGUCAGACGACAAUCCAGAAUUAGCAUUCCCAAUGACAAUUUGACAAAAUAUCCAGGCACAUCGGCAACGAUUCUGAAGACUGCGUGGUCCAUGGUUCUAUCCCGAGCAUGUCACAAUGCGGAAGACAUUCUUUUUGCAGAGAUCACUGCCAAUCGCAACCUCAACAUCAUGGGAAUCGAAGAGACUCGCGGACCCUGCCUGAAUCUGCUACCCGUUCGCGCCCACAUUCAAGAAACAUCCACAAUGAUGAAUCUAACUACUGAGCUUCAAAGUAAAGCCGAGGCUGCUCUACCUCAUCACCAUGUUGAUUGCCGAAMUUGGCUUGGAGAUAUGAAAUCUUCUCUAGGAUCGGUGCUGGUUUUUCAGGACUAUGGUCACCAGACGACUUGUGGACACAUCGGCAAUAGUGAAUUUCGCUUUCGAGGCGAAAGUCAUGUUGAGGGAAUGGCAGAGGUGUGGAUCGUGGCAUGGUGCGAUGAGUCACAAAUGGUCGUCGAUAUAAAUUGCUCGGCAAGAGUGUCAGAGGAGAGAGCGCAGUUUUUGACGGCGUCCCUUAAGGAGAUUCUCGGAUGA